GUCGCAACAAUACUGCCAAGAAGGACAUUCGCCAUGGAGAUGGAAGACGAUUCGUUGUUGCUGUUGCCGCCGGCGGAGGAUGCCCCUGUCUCGCACAUGCUUCAAUGCAACGAGUACGGCGACAACAACAACGUGGUGGACACUGACGACGUGUCGUCCGCGAAAGGCACACGGAAGCGUGAGCGGUUGACGCUUGGGCAGAAGCGGCAAGUGGUCGACUUGGCCGCGAGCAACCAGUUCACCCAUCGGGAACUCGCCGAGAAGUUCCAAGUCGGGCGCACGACGAUCACAAACAUCUGCAAGAACACAGAGUUGAUCCGGCACGAGACGGACUCGGCCGACAUGGUCAAGAAGAAGCGCAAGACGACCAAGUGUACGUACGAUCUCAAGGUAUUGGACGAAGCGCUGCACAAGUGGCGCAUGGAGUCCAAGGUAAGCAGUCCCGAGACCAAGAUGACUGGCGCGGCGCUGCAAGGCAAAGCGAUGCAGUUGGCGCAUAUGAUGCUAUCCGAUCCACAUGCGCGGCUCCCUGACAAGGUGCACGCAGCGUUGAGCAAGUUUAGCGCGUCCAACGGAUGGUUGGACGGGUAUCGCACGCGAUUUGGGAGCUUCACAUCGCGCAUGUCGUCGGCCGACGUGCAUCAUCACACCCCACCUCCCCACAGCUCUUCUUCGUCGUCGCUGAUCAAAUCGGUUGAUUUUCAAACGCGACAGCGUGAGCUCCACCACCUACUACAGCACGUCGACCCUCAAGACAUUUGGACUGGCGCCGAGUUUGCGCUGGCAUCCAAGCCACCACCGCCGCCACCACCCCUCGGCGGCGCCUCUGCUGGCCACCACGCAGACAACAACAAUGGCGCGCCAUCUUCCAACUCGUUGGACGGAUCGACCGCCCGCCUCACCGUCACGUUGUGCGUCAACGCUGCGGGUGAGACAUUUGAUCUCCAAGUGAUUGGCACCGAUCGGAGCGCCACGUCAUCCCCCAUGUGCACCAUGGCCAACCUGGAUUUGCGGCGGCGGUACCGCAUCCUAUACGACGUGACCAAAUCUGGCUUCCAAGUUGCGCACACGUUUAUGCACGUGCUCAAGCAGCUGAAUGCGCUGGCCAAAGCUCGACAGCGGACGUUCCAUGUACUUCUGGACAGCGCCGUGCCGCAUGUCAAGGCGGCGAUGCUGCUCGACGCGCUCGGCGACCAGCGCACGUUUUUCCUGUUUGAGUCGCUGCGGUUGGUGUUUUGGCCGCCCAACUUUCCCGUCGCAACGUGCCAUCCGUGCCACCUCGGGCUCAUUUCCACGUUCAAAGCCAGGUUUCGAUACGAAGAAGUGGACGCGCUGUUUGCCAGAUGCAGAGACGGCGCGAGCUUGAUGGACCCGCAGCUCCAAUGGACGUUCAAGAACGUGCUCCACUGGCUGUCGGUGGCCCUGCAUAGCCUCAACCCCCCCGAGAUUGUGCAUGCAUGGGUCGCGUCGGGGGUGCUGCCGCCGUCGACGGUCGCCACGUUGCUCUCCCGGCACCCCGCAGCAACCACGACUUCGGACGCCAUGCAGGAAUUGCAAGCAUUGCUAGCUGACAUUGCCCAUCAAAUGCCGCCGUUCCUGCCGUGGGUGGGGCUCCAUGAACCGAACGCUCAACUCUGGAUCGACCUCGAUGGCAAAGCACCCGUCGUGGAUGUUGGCGUCGACGACACGCAGAUCGUCCAUAGUGUACUGCUCAAACACGGGUUUCUGGAGCUCCGGCCAGGCAAUUUGGACGAAGCGGUCGAAGGUGGAGGAAGCCUGGCGAUGGGAGGACCGACUCCGGCGACGUCGUCGCAUGGGGCUCUGAUGGAAGUGGCCCCCACGAAGGACCAAGUUUGGCACGCGAUCGAUCUGCUCAAGCGCCAUGUGCGCGUGUCUCCUGGCUUGGACAUGCAAGGCGUGGCCAGCGUCGUGGCGCUCAAUGUGCUCAAAACGGCCAACACGACGGCGUUGCCGAGCCACUUGGCCAGCAACGCCUCGUACCGCCUGCAUCAUUCAUAGUAUAAUAAUAGUAAAUGUGUACGUAAUUCAAGGGUAUUUCGAAGCAAAUAUAGAAUACUCUCC